AAUGAAAAUUAUGGAUUUGAUGAUGAACCUGUAGAGCCCUGUAAAAUUAGACCUAAGUCUGAAGAAUUUGAGAAUCUAACCAUGAAUAAAGAUUCAGAUGAUAAGUUGCCAGAUUCAGAUUCCUUAAAAGAAAGGUUUGAAGAAUUUUUAGAUAUGUGGGUAGAGAUAGCAGCAAAGGAGGUUGAGGAAAUUAAUGAGAAGGAUGAUGACGAUGAUAAUAAGAUGCUUUCUAAAAUUAAGGACGUAAUUCAUCCGGCUAUAAAUCCUGCUGCUAAAUUCCAGUCUGGUCUAGUCCAUAUCUAUAUCCGGUCUAGGUACCAAUACUGCCCUUAG